AAAUAGAUGGAUUUGCUAGUCAAUCAUCCUCUUACCUUCACACAUUUACCAUAUAACCCCCUGCUUCUUCAAUGAGAAAAAACUCAAUCAGGAGACAUGGAGGAUCCGAUAGAAACACGAAACUCCAAUCUUUCUACUUCCAUGUGUAGCUAUGAGAAUUUACCAAACCAUGAAGUAGCUAUAGUCAUGGUUCCAUUUCCAGCACAAGGCCAUCUCAAUCAACUUCUUCAACUUUCCUGUUUAAUCUCCUCAUCAUAUGAUCUUCCUGUCUAUUAUGUUGGCUCAGCUACUCAUAAUCGUCAAGCUUUGCUUCGAGCUAACGCUUUAAAUCCUUUAGACAUAGCCAAAAUCCACUUCCAUGACAUUCCACUUCCUGAAUUUGCCUCACCUCCACCUGACUUUAAUGCCUUGAGCAAAUUCCCAUUACAUCAUUAGCCAUUAUGGGAUGCAAUUUUGCAUCUUCGCGAGCCCAUGGCUUCCUUUCUACAUGAUAUCUCCUCAAAAUCGAGACGAGUAAUUGUUGUUCAUGAUUCUUUAAUGUCAUAUAUUGUUCAGGAUGUUUCUUCCCUUCCCAAUGCUGAAUCAUAUAUAUUUAAUUGCAUUUCAGCUAUCACUUUGUACUGUUCUUUAUGCUUAUUUAGUGGAAAGUCUAUCCAACUUGGAGAAGAAUUGCUUAAAAAGCUACCGCCCCUUGAAGGAGCGCUGCCUGAUGAAGUCAAGAACUUUAUGGAUUUUCAGAGUCCAUAUAUGGAUAUUAAAUCAGGUGAUAUCCAUAAUACAAGUAAAGUAAUUGAAGGUGAGUUUCUUGAUUUGCUGGCACAAGUAGAAAGUAAACAACAGUGGGCAAUUGGACCAAUUCUGCCUACUAAAUUCUAUAAUAUCUCGAAUAGCAACAAUAUAUGUUUGGAAUGGCUGAACAAACAACCUCCGAGAUCAGUUCUUUAUAUUUCAUUUGGAACAUCAACUACAUUUUCCGAUAGAGAAGUCAUGGAGCUCGCAAUGGGACUUGAACAAAGCAAACAGAAGUUCAUAUGGGUGUUGAGAGAAGCCGAUAGAGGAGGUGCCUUUACCGGGGAAGCUAGAAAAUUUGAGCUUCCAGGGGGGUUUGAGGAAAGGGUAAAAGAAAUAGGCCUAGUGGUAAGAGAAUGGGCACCACAACCCGAAAUCUUGGCUCAUUCUUCCACAGGCGGAUUCAUGAGUCAUUGUGGAUGGAAUUCUUGCAUAGAGAGUAUUACCAUGGGUGUGCCUAUUGCUGCCUGGCCUAUGCACUCUGACCAACCGAGAAAUGGU